AUGUCCGAUUCUAAAAUGACUGGAGCCGAGUCUGGUGAGGUUUUUCAAUGCUCGAACUGUGAGAAGUCCCUUGUUGGACAGCGAUAUAUUCUUAAUUCAGAGAAGCCAUACUGCAUCGAUUGUUAUGACGCCAAUUUUACCAACAGUUGUGCUGCUUGCGGAAAAAGGAUAACCUCGGCCUCAAAGGACCUCUCCUUUCAAGAUCGCCACUGGCAUGAGGCUUGUUUCGUGUGCACGGAGUGCAAGAGUUCCCUCGCUGAUCGGCCAUUCGCCACCAAAGACGACGCAAUUUUCUGUCCAGACUGCUUCGAUGAGAAAUUUGCGGCCCGAUGCGACGGUUGUGGGAAAACUUUCAAGGCGGCGAUGAGAAAGUACGAGUACAAGGGAGGAGCGUGGCAUGAAGAGUGUUUUCUUUGCGCAGAAUGCCAUCAGCCUAUUGGUGCCAAAAGCUUCAUUCCUCGUGGUGGCGACAUCAUCUGUGUCCAGUGUUAUGAAGACAAAUUUGCCCAGAAAUGCGCCAAGUGUGAGGCGGUAUGGAAAACCUAUUUUAUCUAA